CAUGAAUCAACAUAAAAGUUCCGGUAGUGCGACCUCCAACGGUCCGCCGCCUCCACCACCGGGUAUCUUAAGGGUUAACCGAUUACAUCUUCCACCACCAUUCCGCACUCUCUUUCUAGGAGGAAAGAGGUGGUGGAUGUUCUGAUUCUGAAGAAUGUAAUGUGCCACCCUUUAGCAGGUAUCUACAGCACCAAUAGCGCUGCUUCUGGAGAUCGAGAAGAUACUAGCCAGGAGGGCCACCUCCACGACCAAGCUCCUGCUCUCGGAGAACGAGAGGGAGCAUCUAGCGAAGAUCAUAAAGAUUCUUCUGCGGAGAUCAUCAAUUCGUUGAUAGUUGAGAACGCCAAGAUACAAGAACGGAAGGAGAAAAGAGUAGUUCUGUUGAUCUGCAUUCUCCCUGACGGCUCUAGAGUGACAGCACGGGCUCUCCGUGGCACGCCGUUGUUCGAACUUCGACUUCGGCUUGCGCAUCUGCUAG